CUCCACAAUGCUCAGAGUUCUGAUUUUCUCUGCACUGUUGGCUGUGGCUCUAUGUCAUGACAGCAGCAGUGAAAGCCAUGAGCAUCUUGCAGAGAAGCGAGGCCACUGCCCACCCGCGUCCAGUAACUCUUCCGUCUCAGCUUGUUCUACACCAUGCACUAAUGGAACUAACUGCACAAUUGCAAACUGCUCAUCCGACACUAACUGCACAGGAGCCCAGAAGUGCUGUAACACUAACUGUGGACUAAUGUGUGUGGAUCCUGUGUACAAGACAAUUUGUGAGGAGGAUAAUGACUGCGAAGGAACACUUGUCUGCUGUAAGAAGAGCUGUGUUCCAGAGUGUGCACCUCUCAAGCCAGUGAAACCACCCAAGAAACAUGGAAAAGAAUGGCCCAACAUCGAUUAA